UAGAGAGCUGUAGGUGGGGAGAAUUCUUGCUUGGAGCCUGAGCACAGAUGGUCUCCAGCCUGAGAACUCUGGCUCUUGUUUCCUGCUUCCUCCCUCCUCCCGCCUGACCUAGGAUGGACAUCGGCAAGGGCGUCCCAGCCAUCGAGUGCCAUAGGGUCCUCCAGAUAUGGAUCGUUGAGAACCUGAAGAUGGUGGCAGUACCUGAGAGGGCUUAUGGUAACUUCUUCGAGGCACACUGUUACAUCGUCCUCCACGUGAGUUAUUUGGGGAGUCUGAGCGGGCCGGAGGCCACACAGGGGGCAUCCAACGACCUGCACUACUGGGUUGGUUUGGCGGCGAGUGCAGAGGCGCAGGACGCGGCGGCUACCCUGGUACAGCAUCUGCAGGAAGCUCUGGGUGACAGGACGGUGCAGCACCGGGAGGCCCAGGGCCACGAGUCCCACUGUUUCCUCAGCUACUUCCGCCCAGGAGUCAUCUACAGGAAGGGAGGCCUUGCCUCUGGCCUCAAGCAUGUGGAGACCGACGUUUACAGCAUCCGGAGGCUGCUGCAUAUCAGAGGGAGGAAACACGUGUCUGCCACAGAGGUGGAGCUCUCCUGGAACAGCUUCAGAAAAGAUGACAUCUUCCUGCUAGACCUAGGCAAGGUCAUGAUCCAGUGGAACGGGCCCGAGUCCAGCAUCUCUGAGAAGGCACGGGGGCUGGCCCUGACAUACAGCUUAAAGGACAAGGAGCGUGGUGGCCGUGCACAGAUUGGUGUGGUGGAUGACGAGGCUGAGGCUCCCGACCUCAUGCAGAUCAUGAAGGCCGUGCUGGGCUGCAGAGCUGGCAGCCUGCACACCGCCAUGCCUGACAGGAGUAUUAACCAGCUGCAGAAGACCACUGUCCGCCUCUACCAUGUCUACAAGAAGGGCGAGGACCUGGUGGUCCAGGAGUUGGCAACCUGCCCACUGACCCACGACCUACUGCAGGAGGAGAACUGCUACAUCUUGGACCAGGGGGGCUUCAAGAUCUAUGUGUGGCAGGGACGCAGGUGCAGCCUCCAGGAGAAAAGGGCUGCCUUCAGCCGGGCAGUGGGCUUCAUCCAGGCCAAGGGCUACCCGGUCUACACCAACGUGGAGGUGCUCAACGGUGGCGCCGAGUCGGCCGCCUUCAAGCAGCUCUUCCGCGCGUGGCCUAAGGAGCGGGACCAGAACAGGGCACGUGGAGAGACAGGUAAGCCGAUGCAAGGAACGCUGGACGUGGGCAAGCUGCACAGCCGGCCCGAGCUCGCGGCCCAGCUCAGGAUGCUGGACGAUGGCACCGGGAAGGUGGAGGUGUGGUGCAUCCAGGACUUAUGCAGGCAGCUCGUGGACCCGAAGCAUCACGGACAUUUGUACUCAGGCAACUGCUACCUUGUCCUCUACACCUAUCAGAAGCUGGGCCGUGUCCAGUACAUCCUGUACCUGUGGCAGGGCCACCAGGCCACCCCGGACAAAAUCACGGCCCUGAGCUACAAUGCCGAGGAGCUGGACCUCAUGUACCAUGGAGCCCUGGUGCAGGCACACGUGAGCAUGGGCAGUGAGCCUCCCCACUUCCUCGCCAUCUUCCAGGGCCAGCUGGUGGUCUUCCAGGGGGUCCCUGGGUGCAAUGGAAAGGGGCAGCCAGUAUCACCCACCCGGCUCUUCCACGUGCGAGGGACGGACAACCACAACGCUAAGACCAUGGAGGUGCCAGCCCGUGCCUCAUCCCUCAACUCCAGUGAUGUCUUCCUGCUGGUCACAGCCGACGUCUGCUACCUCUGGUUUGGAAAGGGCUGCAAUGGUGACCAGCGAGAGAUGGCACGGGUGGUGGCCACUGUCAUCUCCAGGAAGAACAAGGAAAUUGUGCUAGAGGGUCAGGAGCCUUCCCACUUCUGGGUGGCCCUGGGGGGCCCGGCUCCCUACCCCAGCAGUAAGAGGCUUCCUGAGGAGACCUGCAGAGUCCAGCCACGACUGUUUGAGUGCUCCAGCCAGUCGGGCUCCCUGGUCCUCACAGAGAUGGUGUUCUUCAGCCAGGAUGACCUGGACAAGUAUGACAUCAUGUUGUUGGACACCUGGGAGGAGAUUUUCUUGUGGCUCGGGGAAGCUGCGAGCAAGUGGAAGAAGGAGGCAGUGGGCUGGGCCCAGGAGUACCUGAAGACCCAUCCGGCAGGGAGGAGCCCAGCCACACCCAUCGUGUUGGUCAAGCAGGGUCUUGAGCCUCCUACCUUCACUGGAUGGUUCCUUGCCUGGGACCCCUACAAGUGGACCAACAGCCAGUCUUAUGAGGAGGUGGUGGAGGGCAGCCUAGGAGCAGUAGCUGACAUCUCCAGGGUAACAGCGGAAGUCAACAACUUCCGGCUGUCCAACCCACGGGGGAAUGGCACGGCAAGGCCCACAGCCCUUCCGGCCCUAAAGGGCUCCCAGGCCAGCGCAGAGAACGAGCUGGAGCUGGGCCCCAAGGCGGGCAGCGCCAGCGCCAGCACCAGCACCAGCGCCAGCGCCAGCACCAGCUCCGUGAUCAGCGGGUCCCUGCCCCGUGAACAGCUGAUGUACCAGGCGGCCGAGGACCUGCCAGAGGGUGUGGAUCCGACCCGCAAGGAGUUCUAUCUCUCAGACUCUGACUUCCAAGAUAUCUUCGGGAAGUCCAAGGAAGAAUUCUACAGGAUGGCCAAGUGGAAGCAGCAGCAGGAGAAAAAGCAGCACGGUUUCUUCUGAACCCAGGCCCCUCCCCUGCCAGUGCCACACGCAUGCCCAGGACCCCUGCUGGGACCUCCCCAAGGCAGACCCGAGCCCCUGGGGAGGCCCUGCUCACAACCUCCAGCCCCCACUCAGAGGAUCCUGGGUCCUCCCCUGACUUUGUCAAUAAAAACUUGUGGUUCACACAAGGUGUGCGUGG